AUGUCUCAGCAAACUUCGUUAAGCCAAUUUUUUAAAAAAUCCAAUGAUACAAAUGUUCUACAAGUUGACCAUCACAAAUCUUCAGUUUCCUCGUUAACAGAUGUAAAGAAAGAAGAAGUUCUUAAAAAAAUUUGGAAGCCCGAACCUACUUUUGAAUUCCCUAAUACUGUUAUAUUUAGUGGUAAAGAUAAGCGAUCCAAAAAUUUAAAAUUUCAAUACAGAUGGUUGCAUACCUUUCCGUGGUUAGCGUACUCAGCAAAAUUAGAUGGUGCAUUUUGUACGUUUUGUGUAGCGUUUGCUAAAUCAGGAGCUGGCAUAAAUUCUCAAACACUAGGCGCUUUGGUUAGAAAACCUUUUCAAAAUUGGAAACAUGCAAUGGAAACGUUUAAAAAUCAUGUAACACUUCAGUAUCACAAACAAUCCGUCUUUGAUGCAGAUCAUUUCAUAGAUAUAAAAAAAAACGUACAUUUAUCUAUUGAAAAUCAAUUAGACACUGCUCGGGCACGACAAAUUGUUGAAAAUAGAAAAAACAUUUCACCUGUUAUUGAAACAAUUAUCUUAUGUGGUCGACAAAAUAUACCUCUACGAGGUCACUGUGAUUUCGGAAAAUUAACCGUUGAUAAUAAUGAUGUUAACGACGGAAAUUUUCGUAAUUUAUUACGCUUUAGAGCUCGCGGUGAUGCUUCACUCAAAAUACAUCUUGAAAGUUCUGGUACUAUAAAAUAUACAAGUCCUAUUAGUCAAAAUGCUAUAAUUAAUUCAUGCAAUUCAAUUUUACUCAAUAAAAUAGUAGCUAGAGUAAAUGAAGCAAAAUGUUUUACAGUUCUUGUCGAUGAAACUGCAGAUAUAGCCCGGUCUCGAACAAGUGUCUAUUUGCGUUCGAAAAGACUUAACGGAUUGGCUAUGUUAAAUAUUCACAGGGAUGUUGAAAUCACUGUUGAUGAAGUGAUAUAG